AUGUCCACUCCUCAUAAAAGAACCGGAUAUCAACAAUCCGAAAAUGGCAUUCUGCAAAGCGGCAUGUAUGCUUGUCCUUCAGCCUAUCUCGUUUAUCCACCAGAUCCUACCGGUCGCCGUCCUAGCCAGCACGCCCUAUUACAAUACGUUUCUCCCGAAGACCGUAGAAACCACGAUAAUCUUCGUUUGAUUCAAGAACAGCUGUACAACGAUGCCAAUUCCUCAAGAAACACCCAGCGCUCCGGAGGAGCUAACGAAGGGUAUCGGACUAUUUUAAAUGAGCCUUCAGGCCCAAAAGGUCAUUAUCCUGAAAAGCGGACUGAAAAACACCGGUGCAAAGAUUCUCAAGCCGGGAAAUCCAACGACAAGACGCCCGAGAAGAAGAAAUGA